AUGUCUGAUCAGAAACGCCAAAAAACUAAUCCUACUGAAAAAAUGUCUAGUCCUCUUAAGAUUUGUGUUCACUCUGGCUCUUUCCACGCCGAUGAAGCCCUUGGUUACUACCUUCUUAAACUUCUUCCUAGAUUCAAGGAUGCCACCCUCAUACGUUCUCGUGACCAAGCUCAAUGGGAAGCCAGCGAUAUUGUCAUUGAUGUCAGUGGUAAAUACGAUGGUGUCAAAUUCUUUGACCAUCACCAACGUGGUUUUGAAGAAACUUUUAGCGACGAUUACUCUACCAAACUUUCAUCUGCCGGGUUGGUUUACAAACAUUUUGGCCGUGAAAUCAUCAGUGAGGUUUUGAAAUUAAACAGCGCAGAUGAAAAUGUUGACCUUCUCUAUUUGAAGAUGUACAAAGAAUUUGUCGAGUCCCUCGAUGCCAAUGAUAACGGUAUUGAAGCCUAUCCAAAAGAAGUGAAACCAGCUUUCCACUACCGUAACAUUACUUUGCCUUCCAUCGUUGCCAAUUUCAACCCAUCAUGGAACGAGGACCACUCAGACGAGGUUUACUACCGUCAAUUCCUCGUGGCCAGUGAUUUCAUUGGUAAUUGUUUCUUGAGAAUGCUCAAAUCAUUGGGUAACUCUUGGUUGCCAGCUAAAAAGGUUGUUUCCGAUGCUUUCGUAAAGCGCUUUGACGUCGAUAAGUCUGGUAGAAUCCUCAUUCUUGAUCAAUUUGCUCCUUGGAAAGAACAUCUCUAUGAUAUUGAAUUCAAGAAUGACGCCAAGGGAGAAAUCACAUACGUGCUCUUUGAAGAUACUUCUGGAUCUUGGAGAAUUUCUACCGUGCCAAUUACCAGCUCAUCAUUCAGCAACAGAAGACCAUUGCCAGAAAAAUGGAGAGGGGUCAGAGAUCAAGCUCUUAGUGACUUGACUGGCGUCGAAGGAUGUGUCUUUGUUCAUGCUGCUGGUUUUAUUGGUGGUGCAAAGACCAAGGAUGCAGUUUUGAAGUUGGCCAGAAUGAGUUUAACUAUGGAUUAA